AUGUCUGGUAAUCCUCCGUCCAUCGUUCUUCUUCCAUCAUCUUUAUCAACAAGUCAAAAUCCUUCUAUUCAAACUGUAACUGCUCAUCCGAUUGUUCGACCUCCUAUCAUUCUUCAUCAACAAGCAUUACAACCGUCAUCAUCAUCAUCAAUACCAUUUAAAAAUGUUAUUGUGAAACCAUAUCGAGAUAGUAUUCAACAAGCCCUAACAACAACAACAAAUGUUGAUGUUAAGCCAAUCAUUUUACAACAGAGUGAUAAUGUUGAACCACAUCAGCCAAAUAAGCGAAUUGCUCUUGAUUCAUCUGAUUUUAAUAGUUCUAAUAUAACAUUUUCAGCUGUACCAAAGUCUGAAGUAAUGACUGUUUUACAACAAGCUCAACCACUAAAUACACUAUCACUUGCAACAAUGGUUCCACAAUCAUCAUCAACUUCUGCAUCUUUUUCAACCUUACGUUUAGUAACACCAUCGACAUUUAUUAAUUCCAGUGAGAUGUCUACAAUACAAACAUCAGGUCAGCAAAUUUUACUUCAACAACGUGGAAAUCUUGUUAUUACCCAACCACUUGUCACGUUGCAAGUUCAACAAGAUCCAAGUUCUGCUCAAAAAGAAAAUAAUAGUAAUCCUAACCUUUUCCCAAUAGAACAAUCAACUAAUAAUAAUACGAGAACAACGAAUGCUGAUUAUUUACCAAUUCAAUAUCAGCGAAAACCAUGUAAUUGUACAAAAUCAAUGUGUCUUAAAUUAUAUUGUGAUUGCUUUGCCAAUGGUCUUAAUUGUCAAAAUUGUGCUUGUCUAAAUUGUCAUAAUGACAUACGACAUGAAGAAGAACGAGCAAAAGCAAUAACUGCUACACUUGAACGUAAUCCUAAUGCAUUCAAAUCAAAGAUGUACAAAUUUGCUAAUACAACUAUUCCGCAACCAGAUCGACCUCUCAAAGGUUGCAAUGUACCUGGUGCAGAAAGUCUUGGUGGAGUAGCGUCGAGUGGUUCUGCACAAAAGAUUCGAAAACAAGUUGGCGUAUUAAAAGAAGAAAAUAAUAUGUUAAAACUUAAAGUUGAUGUUUUAUUAAAUCUUGUUGCUGAAUCUGUUGCUGAAUUAUCAUCAUCUCAAAAAUAG